GGGCAGGAGAUUGCUGGGGAGAAGUAGUCCGCUGGAGUCAGUAUAGUUUGAGCCAUCGAAUAUUUGUGUACGCCUCCUCUCAGUGAGACAUGAAGGAAGACAAGGAGAACACUAAGCCCAAGGAAAGGAGAGCGGAGCUGACUGGGUUGGAGGAUGGGGACAAGCCUGAGAAGGUGAAGGAGAAAAAGGAAGUCAUGAGCAAGGUAGUGAUUCGUCGCCUGCCACCAAGUCUUACCAAAGAGCAGCUGGAAGAGCAUCUGCAACCUCUGCCAGACCACGAUUAUUUUGAGUUUUUUGCAAAUGACUCCAGCUUAUUUCCUCAUAUGUACUCGAGGGCAUACAUUAAUUUUAAAAGUCAAGAGGACAUCAUGUUGUUUAGAGAUCGUUUUGAUGGCUAUGUGUUCAUCGAUCACAGAGGUCAGGAAUAUCCGGCAGUUGUGGAAUUUGCACCUUUUCAAAAAGUGGCUAAAAAGAAAAGCAAGAAAAAGGAUUCCAAGAUUGGCACUAUAGAGGAAGAUCCAGAAUACAAAAAGUUUUUAGACUCGUACAAUUUGGAUGAAGAGAAGCUGACUUCUACCCCGGAAACUUUGCUGGAGGAAAUUGAGGCAAAGAAUAAAGAAAUGAUAGCCAAGAAGACUACUCCACUGUUAAGCUUUUUAAAAAAUAGACAGAGACUAAGAGAUGAAAAGCGUGAAGAGAGAAGGAGGAGAGAGUUAGAGCGGAAAAGACAACGUGAAGAAGAAAGAAGGAAGUGGAAAGAGGAUGAGAGAAGGAAAAGGAAAGAUACAGAAAAGCAAAAGAAGUAUGAAAAAACUCCAGAGAAAGAAUCGGAAAGAUCAAAAGAUGAACCUAAAAUUAAGGUAUUGCCAAAUCUUGCACAGAAAUUGAACAAGGAAAAUCUGCUUAGGAAACCUGAAAAAGAUGAUGAGCACAAUUCAGAGAAGAAGUUUAAGGGCAAAAAAAUAGAGAAGGAGACUGUGCGGGAAGAUCGCAGCUCAGCAGGAAAGAGAAUGGAUGGUGACCACGGAGAGAAGGGCAAAAGAUGUGAAGAUGAAUACGUAAAAGAUUACAGAGACAAAGAUUACAGAGACAAAGAUUAUGAGCAAGAGCGGCGUACAAGAAGAGAGAAAGAGAAGCACCAUUAUGAAGAAGAGCGCAGAAAGCAAAGGGAUCGUUAUGAAAAGGACCGAAGUUUCCGGAGAAGAGAGGAUGACUACAGGAAGGAUCGGGAAGUGGUCAGAGAGAGGACAAGGAAGGAGGCUGGUGAAAAUCAGCAAUCUACUGAUAAAAGUGAGCGCCAGUCCCGAGAGGAGAAGAAAGAAGAUGCAGCCAAGAGAGAUCGGAUAAGGAACAAGGAUCGCCCAGCAAUGCAGCUGUACCAACCUGGGACAAGGAGCAGAAGCCGACUAACGCAGUGCGACGACGAGAGUCCAGCCAAAUCCAGCGAUCCGUCCGAGAAGAAACAUGAGGGUGAGACCAGUGAUCAGCAAAAAGAGGAGUAAGGAACUGGAAGAUGUGAAGUGUCCUGCCCGUCAUGACAACCAAAGAAAACAAA